AGCAUUUCUGAACAAUUCUCUAUCCAACAAAAAGGUAUUAAACAGGUUAACAUAAAUCUAUUUUUGAAGACUUCUCUUAAAACAUGAACAUUAACUCAAUUUCCUCUGUUUUAGGAACAUGAGAGACAAUAUGACAUCUAUCAUGGAGUUCAUCCUACUAGGGUUUCCCUUCAGCCCAAGGAUUCAGGUGCUUCUCUUUGGGCUCUUCUCCCUGUUCUAUGCCUUCACCCUGCUGGGUAAUGGGGUCAUCCUGGGGCUCAUCUCACUGGACUCCAGACUGCACACCCCCAUGUACUUCUUCCUCUCACACCUGGCCAUCGUCGACAUAGCCUAUGCCUGCAACACAGUGCCCCAGAUGCUGGUGAACCUCCUGAAUCCAGCCAGGCCCAUCUCCUUUGCUGACUGCAUGACACAGACCUUUCUCUUUUUGACAUUUGCUGUCACCGAAUGUCUUCUCUUGGUGGUAAUGUCCUAUGAUCGGUAUGUGGCCAUAUGCCACCCCCUCCGAUAUUCUGCCAUCAUGAGUUGGAGAGUCUCCGUCACCCUUGCAGUGACUUGCUGGACCACUGGAGUUCUUCUGUCUUUGGUUCAUCUAGUUUUACUUCUAUCUUUACCCUUUUGUAGACCUCAGAAAAUUAAUCACUUUUUCUGUGAAAUCAUGGCUGUUCUCAAACUUGCCCGUGCAGAUACCCACAUCAAUGAAAUAGCAGUGUUGGCUGGAGCAAUUUCUGUGCUAGUGGGACCCUUCUCAUCAAUUGUAGUCUCAUACAUGUGCAUCCUCGGUGCCAUCCUUAGGAUCCAGUCAGGGGAAGGUCAAAGAAAGGCCUUCUCCACCUGCUCAUCCCACCUCUGUGUGGUUGUACUCUUCUAUGGCACAGCCAUUAUCACGUAUGUUGGGCCUCAGCAUGGGAACCCAAAGGAGCAGAAGAAAUAUCUCCUCUUGUUUCACAGCCUUUUCAAUCCCAUGCUUAAUCCCCUGAUCUAUAGUCUGAGGAACAAAGAAGUGAAGAAUGCCUUAAAGACAGUGCUGAGAAGAGAGAGAGUCUUAUGAAAAGAUUAUGGCAUCAGAGUUGACAGUGACCUAGGAAGACAUUAUCUCAAGGGGUUCUAAACUGAACUCAGCACAAGAACUAUCUGAAUUAAAGCACAGGAAUUAAAAGUAGAGUUAUCUGCUGCCCCACCAGUAGAUCACUGAUUCAGUAGAUGUGAAAUGUAUUCUAGAAGUCUGUCUUCAAAUAUUAUCAGCAGCAAAUUGUGAUGCAGCUGGUCCACAGACCAGGAUUUGGAAACCAUAGAUCUAGAACAACACCCUUUAUAAUAUCUCAGUCAAGCUAUGGGCAGCCCCGUAUCUCCCAAAAUGUCCUCCUCAAAGCACUAGCCCCUCAAGAAGGCUUUAAAAAUACAUUCUGUGGUCAAAUAAGUUUGAGGAUGAUUGCAUUUUAGGUACCUCAUUUUAGGGUUCCCAAUUCACAUUAGCAAAGUGAAAACUGAAAAUUCCUACAAUAAAGAAGAAUUCUAUUUCAAGUUUUAGCCAGUCUUUUCCAAACUUACUUGAUCACAUGAAAUUUUUUUAUAACAUUUA